UUUCCAAUUUUUCAUCACCGGCGAGUCUACGUCGUCCGCGAUUUUAUAUUUUUCACGUUAUAGAUGUUACUAAAUACUUUUACUGACAUUCGAUAACCUAGCGGUAUUUAAUUGUACACUAUCAAAGAACAGAUGGAUAAUAUGUUACAGUAAUUUUUAAAACUAUGAUGGCUAUGUUUUGGUUUUUCACGGUCAAAUAUAUUAACAUAAUUAUGGUUAGCUUUUUCCCUUCAAACAGAGUAUAAAACGUUCUUCUCUCUUUCUCAGCCUUCAGUGUCUCUUAAUCAUCGACUACGCGAGCAACCGUCCAAUAAUUUAGCUGACUGAUUUUCCUCAUUCACGGAAACAGCGAUAUUCAUGAGAAAAGAAUUACUGUCAAACGAAAAGAUGAAGCUACUGCUUUUGUUUUAUAUCAUCGGAAUCGGUAACGUUUUAUAUUGCACAGCACAUCCGGAAGCGGUAGCGCCAAUUGGAAAAAUCCGCGGCUCUAUUCUAACUUCAAGGCUCGGAAAGGAGAUUUAUUCCUUCCGUGGCGUGAGAUAUGCCGAGCCUCCCACAGGAGAACGACGUUUUCAGGUUGCCACUCCAGCAGCAGAUUGGAACGAUGUUUUCGAUGCCUCCGAAGAAGGUCCUGCAUGUCCAAAUGUCGAGCGUAUCAAUCUAAUGUCUGAAGAUUGCUUGCGUUUAAAUGUCUAUACUAAAAAACUGCCUUCGAAAAAUGAAAAUGUAUCAUUGCCAGUAUUGGUAUUCUUCCAUCCAGGCGGUUUCUACCAGUCUUCCGCUCAGAGCUUUAACUAUGGUCCCGAAUAUUUGCUGGACCAUGAUAUCGUUUUGGUUACUGUGAAUUAUCGCCUUGCCACGUUAGGUUUUAUAGCAACGGGCGAUUCACUGGCUCCAGGAAAUCUAGGUUUGAAAGAUCAGGUAAUAGCGCUUCGUUGGAUUCAAAGAAACAUCAUUGCUUUCGGAGGAGAUCCAAACUCCGUGACCAUCAGCGGCUGCAGCGUCGGAGGGCUCAGUACUUUCUUACACAUGUUAUCACCAAUGUCCAAAAAUCUAUUCCACAGGGUGAUCGAUAUGAGUGGCUCCCUCUUACUCACGGAACCUUAUCCAACCCACCAAAGAGAUAUCGCAGAAAAACAAGCGAAACUUUUGAAUUGUCCCAUUAACAGCACCGAAGAUAUGUUGGCUUGUCUCAGAUCAAAGCCUGUGGCCAACUUUACCAAGACUAUAUCUGAAUUUUUUGAAUGGUACGGAGAUCCAAUUGUACUCUGGAAACCCGUCGUAGAACCGGAAGUUCCAGGAAUGGAACGAUUUCUACCAGCUCAACCCAUCGAUCUUAUUCAACAAGGAAAGUUUUAUCAAGUGCCAGCCAUAUUUGGGGUAACGAAAGAUGAAUUUGGUGGGGUAGUCGUCACGUUCGAAAAUACUACCAGAAACAAUGACAACAUAUACCGCAAUAUGAACGAGAAUUGGUAUCACGUAGCACCGAUUAGUUUCAUAUACGAACGUAACACUCCAAGAUCGAAAAAUAUUAGUACAGAAUUGCGGAGGUUUUAUUUGAAUGACGAACCACUCGGUUCAUCUAACAAAAAUGGUCUUGCUCAUCUCUAUGCGGACAGCGUAAUUAUAUUUUCACAAUAUCGUGGAGCGAAGCUAAUAGCUGAAAACUCCAAAGCUCCGGUGUAUCUGUAUAAAUUUACUUAUCAAGGCCGUUAUAGCUUUACAAUGUGGAACGCUACGACACCUUAUGGCGUCGAACAUCAAGAUGAUUUGCAAUAUUUAUACUACAUAAAGAGUAACUUUCCAUAUUUUGAUAAGACUGCACCUGAGAUUCCUAUGGUGGAAUUGUACACAUCUAUGUGGUCCAGCUUUGUACAAACUGGCAAACCCAUUCCAAAUGGUAGGAAUAUAACGUGGGACAGGUUUGAAACCGAGAAAAAUAACUACUUGGAUAUCAACUUGAAUCCUAUCAUGAAGACUGGUCUCUAUCCCGAUAGAAUGCAAGAAUGGGAAAAAUUAUUUCCUCUAUCCGCUGCAUCACAGACUGCGAGUUCUAAGAUGAGAGGCGUUCUGGUAUUUCUUGUUUGUGUCACCAGCCUCGCUGUCGCUCAACAAUCGAUCGCUGAACAACCGUUGGUCACUGCUCCAAUUGGGAAAAUUCGUGGGUCUAUUUUGACCUCUAGACUCGGAAAAGAAAUUUAUUCGUUCCGUGGUAUAAGAUAUGGCGAACCACCUGUUGGAUCCCAACGUUUCCAGCCUCCAAUCCCAGCGAAAGAUUGGCAAAACGUUUUCGAUGCAACCGAAGAAGGACCCAGUUGCCCCCAUGCUAACGGCAUACAACAAUCAGAAGAUUGUCUACGCCUAAACGUGUACACGACCAAACUACCCUGUAGAAACGAAGAUGUAUCGAGACCAGUAAUGAUCUUCAUACAUCCUGGUGGCUUUAACGGUUUCUCAGGACAAAGUAUAAACUUCGGGCCACAGUAUCUGUUGGAUAAAGAUAUCGUUUUGGUUACAAUAAAUUAUCGUCUCGGGACGUUAGGUUUCUUGAAUACCGGUGACAGUGCAGCACCAGGUAACAUGGGUCUAAAGGACCAAGUCGCAGCUUUCCAUUGGGUUCAAAGAAACAUCGCUGCCUUUGGUGGCAAUCCUAACUCCGUCACUCUAUGUGGUUAUAGCGCAGGAAGUUUCAGUAUUAUGUUGCAUUUGGUGUCUCCAAUGUCUCGCAAUCUUUUUCACAGAGCUAUCACGAUGAGUUCUUCGGCUAUAAAACUAAAUGUUUAUUCUGGAAUAUCGCAACAUGGACAAAUGCAGCUAGCUCAAAGACAGGCACGAUUAUUGGAUUGCCCUACUGAUUCGACUAGUGCUAUGGUGCGCUGUUUCCGCACAAAACCUGCAGAAAACUUCACAGACACAUUACGCGACUUAUAUGAUUGGCGUGGAAAUCCCAUUGUGCUCUGGUCACCAGCUGUGGAACCGGCAGUUCCUGGUGUCGAAAGGUUCCUGUCUGAACAGCCGUACGACGCGAUAAAGCAAGGAAGAUUCUAUCAAGUUCCUUUAAUGAUGGGAGUUACGGAAGACGAAUUUGGCGGUAUAGCUGCUUUGUAUGAAAAUGCCACAUUAAGAGGUAAUUCUCUGUACCCUGAGUUGAACGAUAAUUGGAAUACUCUGGCUCCGAUCAUAUUUAUGUACGAACGUAAUACAUCGCGAUCGAAUUACGUUAGUAGGGAAUUACGGAAAUUCUACUUCAACGAUCAGCCACUUAGCUCGGCUAGCUACAGAAAGCUCGGUGAUAUAUAUGGUGAUGCUAUAACUAAAUUUCCUAUGUACCGAGCAAUCAAGUUAUUCGCUACGUAUUCGAAAUUGCCGGUAUACUUUUAUAAAUUUUCGUUCCAAGGACGAUAUAGCUUUUAUAUGUUGAACGCCACUACUCCAUAUGGUGUAUGUCAUCAUGACGAUCUGCAGUAUCUUUUCUUCAUAAAGAGCCGCUUCCCAUACUUCAACAGCGACGCACCAGAGAUUCCUAUGGUGGAAAUUUCUACCAGCAUAUGGUCGAACUUUGUUAUGAAUGGCGAACCGAUCCGUAAACACGAUGGUCAACUGAGGAAUGUAAGAUGGGGUAGAUUGGUACCCGAGCAUAGCAAUUUCCUGGAGCUGAAUCUUCAUCCAUCGAUCAAAACUGAGUUCUUUCCUGAAAGAAUGCGAGAAUGGGAAAGAUUGUUCCCUGUACCCUAAAUCUCAAAUGCGAUGAACAUUACGCGAGUGAAAAAUCAAUGGCUUUAUUAUUUUUCUCAAUCAAAUUAGAAUGUGUAAAUGAAAUAUGAGAAAUAUCUUAUUAUUUCUUAAUAGCAUUGCUGUAUAUAAUUUAAUACAAAUUAUUCGUACAAAAAGUUUAACGAACUCAAAGCGUUUUAAUGACAGAAAAUUCGCGGCUUUUAGAUACAUAGGCCAAAAAUAUACGUUUAUGUGAACUUCAAAUUUUUAUUAACAGCCGAGUACUUUUUUUCCUUUCCUUUUGAUAAUUUAGAAUCGUGAAACCUUGUUGCGAUAAUCUGAACAUGAUUAUUUGUCGAAGCGUAUUCGCUAUCGUUUGUUUGAUUUUUCAUGCUAUGAGUGUUGAGAGUUCACAACAUUUGUAACAUUGAUUUUUUGCAACGAUACAUUUAUUAUUAGAGAGACAUUUACAUAAUAUAGCGAUUACUAUAACAAAAAUGCAUGCAAUUAAAAGAUAAAAAUAUUAAUAAAUACAAUAUGAUAAUCGAGAAA